UUACAAUUAUAAAGCUUUGGAUUAAGUGGAACGGGAAAAAUCGUGGUUGUGCACGUGAUGUGUUUAGUGCUUAGUGGAAAGCAUCCAAUAUGUAAUGAAUUGCGGCAAGAAGUUGAAUUCAAUUUCCAAUGUUGGUUAAACUGAGAAUUUGAUUGUAGUAAAUGUCAAACAUAUGAUUUAAACAUUAUUUUUAAGGGAAAACUAAAAUAGAUUGAAAAUGUUAUAUUAUUUGCAAAAUAUUAGUACUGGUAAAACGUUUUAUCUUAUUAAUCAGAAUGAAUUUAUUAUUGGUCGAAAAAAUUGUGAUAUAUUGAUAGAAAAUGAUACUUCCAUAAGUAGAGCACAUGCUAAAAUUUGCAUCAAAGAUGGUCAUAAGGUUACUAUUGAAGAUUUAAAAUCCACAUAUAAAACUUUUAUCAAUAAGAAAGAACUAACACCAAAUGUUGAAGUGGAUCUUAAGGAAAAUGAUAAAGUUCAGUUUGGUGUCUUUAGCAGCAUAUUUAAAUUUCAUCAAAUUCACUUUGUAACUACAGCCACUCAAUUAUCUGAUAAUUGUAAAGAAGCUUUGAAAAAACAACUUGAUACCAUUCAAGGAAGGUAUUUAGAUAAUUGGACUUCAGAGUGCACUCACCUUACUUUGCAAAAAAUUAGUUUGACAGUAAAGGUACUACAUGCUCUCUUGGAGGACAAACCUAUAGUUGUACCGGCAUUUUGGGCAAAAUUUGUAGAGAAUGUGUCUAAAAGUAUUGCUCCACCUAAAAUAACUGAUUAUAAUAACCCUCCACUAGCAGAGGCUUUAUUGAACAGAGUUGAAUUUAAAAAAGCUGCACCUAGAAAAAACUUGUUUAUGGGCAAACAUUUUCUAUUUUAUUUGGAAAAAGAAGAAAAGCAAGUGAAAGAUUUGAUAAGAAAAGCAGGAGGUACUUGCAGCUCUUGGGAGAACAAUCCCAUAAAGAUGAAAGAUCUAACAGAAAAACAUUUAGUCAUGCAAAGUUAUAAAGAUGUAGAUGACAAAAACUACAAAGAAAUAAUGAAACAUGUUUUGAAACAAAACAAACGUACUAUACCCAUACAAGAAAUCGCAAUGGCUAUAAUACACGGAUCCUGUGAGAAAGAUUGUAAUCCUAGUUUCAACAGAGUGAUUGAAGUUUUCAAUGCACCAAAUCAAAUAGAAACAACACAAAAUAACUUGUUGGUUCACAAUACUCAAACUCAAGAUUUUGGAAUUGAAACUAGUACAGCACAGAAAAGUAUUCAAGAAACAGUAGAUUCUGUUCAAAUGACUGCACCUCCUAUAAUGAAACAAGUGAAAAUAGAAGAUGAAAUAGACUUAACCGAAGAUGAUGCAGCGGCAGAAGAAAAAGUGACACAAAAAAGAGUUUGCGAUAGUAUUGAUGCAGGAAACCCAACAAAAAAAGUCAAAAAAGAUGAAACUGAUAUAACAAGGUCUGUAGAAGAUGAGAGAAAAAGUCAAACGAGGAAAGAUAAACAAAAAGAAAUUUUUUCUAUGAAACGCCAAUCUCAAAAAAGGAAGACAAUAGAAGACAGCGAUUCGGAAGAAAUUCCAAUAAAGAGAAAAGCUAAAAAUCCCUUUUUAACUGAACAACUCGAUGAAAAGCCUUUAAAAAAUCAAACAGAAAAUAACAAUCCAUUUAUUAAAAACCUUGAGGAGGAUAUAGGCAAACCUUUAUUUUCGAGUACGCAAUUUAUCGACAACAUAUCAAAAGGAGAACAAAUAAAAUACACUAGUGUAUCAGGAAACAGUAACGAUAAUUCCAAUUCUACGUGGCAUUCCAAAAGAUAUUGCGAUAACGUCAAAACUGAAGAACCAGAGGAAAUCAGUUCUGAAUUACUACAAUUUAUUAAAAUGUUUGAAAAAAAAGUUCGGGUCGAGGUUUUAUCAGAAGCUAGUUUUAGAUCGAGAAUUCCUAGCGACGAAGUUGAUUGCAAUGAUUUUUCAAAAUGCACGAAUUUCAAGAAAUUCAAAAAGGUGAAACCUGUUUAUCCUCAAACGAAAGUUAUUGGUCAAGAUUCUUUCAGAUUGUUGAGCUGUACAAAUACAACUGGUAUAAAUGACACUAGAAGACAAAUAGCAUAUGAUUCUGAUGAUGAAAGACCACCUUCAUUAAAUAGAAAACAAAAACAUAAAUUAAAAAUCUUUGAAAUAUGAAAAUUUCAUCAAUAAAAAUAUAGUAAAAUACCAUUA